AGAGAUGGCAUCAUCUAACUUAAUUUAAAGUGUAGAAUAGAUAGGAGAAAAAGGAUAAGACAAGUAGUAGAAGGGGUUAAGUGGGAAGCGACAGAAGAGGAGAGUAAUUAGAGUAUGGGUUGUGGCGGAGUGCAGGUAUUGAUCUUAGUGUUUUUAUGGAACGUGUCAUUGGGAUUGGGAGGGUGCGAUAAGGCUCCGCUGGUGUUCGUCUUCGGCGAUUCCAACUCGGACACGGGUGGACUCGCCUCCGGACUCGGUUUCCCCAUCAAUCUUCCCAAUGGCCGCACCUUCUUCCGCAGAUCCACCGGCCGCUUGUCCGAUGGUCGCCUCGUCAUCGACUUACUCUGCCAAAGUUUGAAUGCAAGUUUGUUGGUACCAUACAUGGACGCUUUGUCUGGAUCAUCAUUCACAAAUGGGGCAAAUUUUGCAGUGGUGGGGUCCUCUACCCUCCCAAAAUAUGUUCCUUUCUCCCUAAAUAUACAGCUCAUGCAAUUCCAGCAUUUCAAAGCCCGUUCGCUUGAACUUGUUACCGCAGGUGCAAGAAAUUUGAUCAACGAUGAAGGCUUUCGGAGUGCACUCUACUUGAUUGAUAUUGGGCAAAACGACCUUGCUGAUUCAUUUGCCAAAAAUCAGUCAUAUGCCCAAGUCACCAGGAAGAUUCCAGCAUUUAUAACUGAAAUUGAGACUGCUGUUAGGAGUUUAUAUAAUCAAGGUGCAAGGAAGUUUUGGGUUCACAAUACCGGGCCAUUGGGUUGUCUUCCAAAAAUACUUGCACUGGCUAAGAAGAAGGAUCUGGAUUCAUUAGGAUGCCUUUCUAGUUAUAACUCUGCAGCAAGGUUGUUCAAUGAAGCGCUGCUUCAUUCGAGUCAGAAACUAAGAACUGAACUGAAGGAUGCUACUUUAGUCUAUGUUGAUAUUUAUGCCAUUAAACAUGAUCUCAUCACAAAUGCCGUGAAAUAUGGUUUCUCAAAUCCGUUGAUGGUGUGUUGCGGCUAUGGAGGGCCUCCUUACAAUUUUGACGUAAGGGUGACAUGUGGUCAACCUGGUUAUCAGGUUUGUAAUGAAGGGUCUCGCUAUGUGAGUUGGGAUGGAAUUCAUCACACUGAGGCUGCAAAUACGUUGAUAGCUUCUAGGAUACUUUCCAUGGCUUAUUCCACACCACGGACACCUUUUGAUUUCUUCUGCCACCACUGAUUAUGCACCUUGUUUGUUUACCAUGUUUGUACUUCUCCAAGAACUGAGUUUGUCAUGUUGUCACGCCCACGCUGAAGCUCUAAAAAAUUAGAGCCAGUUGGGCUGUAACUGACCUAUGUUGCAGGAAAUUGGUUUUUAUUUCCCAACUGGGAUGUAUUUUGUAUUAUUAUGUAAACAAUUAAGACGCAAAUGAAUGCAUUUUUGGCUAUGACAU